AACUAAAACGUCUCAGUCAUUUUUUUUUCAGAGGAACUGCCAACUUCCGGGACGUUGAUUCUCCAAGCAAGCUCAUUUUUUUGUAGCAUCGUAUAAAGGUCCCGAAUAAUGCCUGAGAAAAUUCGCAUCAACAGCCCCAGUGUGCACUACACUGAGAAGUUCAUCGAGUCCCGGUACUCGUACCACACCACCUCAGUGACCCAGAACGGAGACACGUACACGGUAACACCCCAUAGUACUGAGUUUACAUUCCGCACAGAGCGCCAUGUGCCCAAGCUUGGUGUCAUGCUCGUGGGCUGGGGUGGAAACAACGGCAGCAGCGUCACCGCCGCUGUGCUGGCCAAUAAGCUUGGCCUGACCUGGAAAACCAAGACGGGUGCCAAGUGUGCCAAUUACUAUGGUUCAUUGUUGGAGUCUUCCACUGUGUCUCUGGGCUCAGGACCAACUGGGGAGAUCUUUGUACCGUUCAGAGAACUGCUGCCAAUGGUGCACCCUAAUGACAUCGUAUUUGAUGGUUGGGAUAUCUCCUCUAUGGAUCUUGGUCAUGCCAUGGAGCGUGCUCAGGUUCUUGAUUGGAGCCUUCAGGAGAUGCUUCGCCCCCACAUGAGCCAGCUCAAACCAAGGCCCUCCAUAUACAUCCCAGAUUUCAUUGCUGCCAACCAGGAUCAGAGGGCUGACAACAUCCUCACAGGCACCAAGGCAGAGCAGAUGGAACAAAUCCGCAAAGAUAUCCGUUGCUUCAAGGAGAAGAGUGGUGUGGAAAAAGUCAUAGUGCUGUGGACGGCAAACACAGAGAGAUUCUCAGAUGUCGUGACUGGUGUCAAUGACACUGCCAAGAACCUUCUUGCUACCAUUCAGAACGGAGGAGAUGUAUCUCCAUCCACCCUGUUUGCCGUGGCUAGUAUUCUGGAGGGCUGUGCCUACAUCAACGGCUCCCCUCAGAACACUUUCGUACCUGGAGCUGUAGAACUGGCUGUUCAGCGAGGGAUCUUCAUAGGAGGAGAUGACUUCAAAUCAGGUCAAACGAAACUGAAGUCCGUUCUGGUGGAUUUUUUAAUCAGUGCUGGACUCAAGCCAACCUCCAUUGUGAGCUACAAUCACCUGGGAAACAACGACGGUAUGAACCUGUCUGCCCCAGCGCAGUUCCGAUCUAAAGAGAUUUCCAAAAGCAAUGUGGUGGAUGACAUGGUGGCGUCCAAUCCAGUGCUCUACAAGCCUGGAGAGAAACCCGACCACUGUGUGGUCAUUAAGUACGUUCCCUAUGUGGGAGACAGCAAACGAGCAAUGGAUGAGUACACGUCAGAGAUCAUGAUGGGUGGCACAAACACAAUUGCUCUUCACAACACAUGUGAGGACUCACUGUUGGCCAGUCCCAUCAUUCUGGACUUGGUCAUUCUGACUGAGCUGUGUCAGCGAAUCACGUUCCGCACACAGCAGGACUCAUCCUUCCAGACCUUCCACAGUGUUCUAUCCUUACUCAGCUUCCUCUGCAAGGCCCCACUCGUACCGCCCAAUGCACCGGUUGUCAACUCGUUCUUCCGCCAGCGAGCCUGCAUCGAAAAUGUCAUGAGGGCUUGCCUUGGUCUUCCACCUCAGAACCACAUGCAGCUCGAGUACAAGCUGCAGAAAAGCUUCAACAUUUGUCAAGACAAGAAGGUUCACAGCCUUGUAGCCACAAAGGUGAACAACAACAUCCUCACCAAAGCAUACCACUGCAUUGAGUGUAAUGGAGCCAGUGAGCAGAAGAAUGUUGAGAGAUAAAAAAAAAAAAAUCAUCCCAUAACUGUGUUGAUCACUCUGUUUAAUAGAAAACAGAAUUUCUAUCUUUGCAUGAAUCCUCUGUCACCAUUUACUAUUAAAACAUCGUAAUGUGAUUUACUUGCUCUAAACAAUACUAACUUUGGAAAUGGGUUCCUUUGUGGAUUGAAGUUGUUAUACAACUGCUUUAGCUAGUCUAAAAGGGAGAAUAAUUCUUUGACUAACGUUUGUAUUUUUAAAGUCGUUUGAAUGUUUUUUCUAACCAAUUACCUUGAAACAUGAAUGCUAAUAUUAGUAUACAGGAAGGUUGAAAACUUAUACACAGUAGGGCUUAGAACCCUUAAACACCCAAAGAACUCUUGAUGAACCAUUUUACCACAAGUGUACUGUAUAUCAUUAUUUUGGUCUGAUAGAAUUUGUGGCUUUAGAAGCAGAACCCAUGUAAUCAGAGCAGUGAACUUAUGUAACUGCAAAUGUUAGCGAUUUCUAUGCAAAGUGUGCACAAACAGCAAAAUUCACAUACAAGAAAAUGUUUGUUGAAAGUGCUGUAAUGUACAAGAAACUUAUUUUUAUUGACAGUAUUGUGCUUAACUUGUAUUUUUAGGUCAGUUUCAGAAAUUAUAUAGGCUUUGUGAUGUCAAAAUAAACAUUUUUGUUUCAGUCAGAAA